AUGGAGGUUGGUACAGUUGAUGGACAUUGGGGCCCGUGGUCGUCUGUUACAUGUUCUGUUACCUGUGGUAAAGGACUAGGAAUACGGAAAAGACGAUGUGACAACCCUCCUUCUUCUGGGGAUGGAAAUGGUUGUUUUGGUUGUGAUAUUGAGAAAAAACUAUGUUCCUUGGAAAAAUGUCACAAAUCGUGCAAUAACGCAGGCAAAAACAGUAAAUCAGAUAGGGAAUGGAAGAAAGCAAGAAGAUCUAAAAUGAUAUCUAACCACAGAUUUAUGAAGAAUAGUAUGCAGUAAAAAUAAACCUGAGGAACGAUGAAAUUAUGUUUCACAUGAGGCUGUCAGGAUAAAUUUCAACUGUUUUUUUGUUUUUUUGUUUUACCGUUUAUCAUUUGAAAGGGUUGCACAUGAGAUUGUAGGGAUACAUGUAAAUCAUAUAUUACUUUGAGGGAUUUCACAUGAGGUAGGGGUGAAAUUCAACUGUUUUUUGUUUCUCAUAUAUCAUUUUAAAGGGUUUCACAUGAUCUUGUAGGAUAAAUGAAAAGUGGCUUUUGUUUCUCAUAUCAUGUAUAUCACUUUGACGGAUUUCACAUGAGAUUGUAGGGAUAAUUGUAAAAUAAAAUAUGAUUUUUGUUUCUCAUAUAUCACUUUGAGGGAUUUCAUAUGAUCUUGUAGGUAUAAAUAAAAACUGGUUUUUGUUUAUCAUAUAUCACUUUGAGGGAUUUCACAUGAGGUCGUAGGGAUAAAUUUAAAAAAUACUGAUUUUUGAUUCCCAUAUAUAUCACUUUGAGGGAUUUCACAUGAUCGUGUUGGUAUAAAAGUGAACUGGUUUUUGUUUUUCGUAAUUCAUUUAGAGGGGUUUCACAUGAGGCUGUAGAGAUAAAUGUCGACUGGGUUUUUUUUCCUGAUAAAUCACUUUGAGGGAUUUUUACACAAGGUUGUAGGGAUAAAUGUCAACUGGUUUUUG